GCAGGUGGCGCAAACCCUCCAUUUAACGCAUUUCAACAACAAUAGAGCACGGUUGUGAAGCGGGAGUGAAGCGGUUUUUUAUUGUUGUACUGCUACAUAAAGACAAUGGAUUUUUAAAAUAGAUAUUUCCCCCGAACUUCGACUCUGUAAAAUAAUGUAAGCCUAAGUCUAAAGGUCAGGUCGUGUCUGUGUCGACAUCCUCUCGGUUUCUCAGCAUUCGCGGUUUCACUUCUGCCCUCGUCUUGGACUCUGCUGGUCGUCGACAAGGACCGUUUUCUGAAAAGGUGUCCGGUUAAAGUAACGGAUUAUCUUUGAUUCAAUCAUUAACCUGUUCCUGGUUUAUGACUUGACUUCUGCUGCAGGAUAUCUUCAGGUCUCAGUUCCAGUGGUCAUGCAGCUGGUGAUCCGCCGGUACCGUCCGUCAGACAGGGACACAGUGCGUGCUCUGUUCAGCACCGGCAUCCAGGAGCACAUUACUCCAUGCUUUCACAACCGCAUGGCCACUCCUUUCUGCCUCGCCAUCACCGCGGCUCUGUGUGUCGCUGGUUACCUCCUCAGCUCUGUGUUAGGAGCUGUUGUGUUAGCAGCAGCGUGGAUGGGCCUUGUCUACUACUGCUGCCACAAGAUAUAUUCAGGCUUUGUGAAGGAGAGACUCCUGACAGACAUGCAGGACAUCCCUGGGAACUAUCUGAGCAGACCGGGUGAUGAUUUCUGGGUGGCUGAAGCUAAAUUAGAUGGGAGGGUGCAGAUCCUCGGUAUGGUGGCUGUGAAGGCCAAACAAAGUGGAAAAGAAAAGUACGGCGAACUGAUGAGGAUGAUUAUCUCGCCGCUGUGCAGAAGGAUGGGGCUGGGCUUCAGACUGGCUCAGACUGUUGUUGACUACUGUAAGGAGCAAGGCUUCUCCAAGGUGGUUCUGGAGACCAGCGCCAUCCAGACUGCUGCUGUGGGACUGUAUGAGAAACUGGGAUUCCGCCAUGUACUCUCUCCCUCUAUAACAGAGUUCCCGUCAUGGGUUGUAAUGCUGGCCAAUGUCAAGGUUUUAAGAAUGGAAAAACAACUGUCGGCUUAAAAAUCACUAUCACUAAUCACCUAUUUACCAGUAUAUAGCUAAAGCUGUCACAUCAACAAUACUGCAGUGAAAUCAGUGUGUGACUGGGCAGAGAUUUCUUUGAUUUCAAACACGACACAUUGCCGCUCUUCUUGAAUUUACAAGAUUGCAGUUAAGCAAAUUUUUUUACUAAUGUACAAUAAGCACUUCAAUUAUUAUGAUUUUUUUAUGUUACAGUCGACGCUGUGAAUGUUCGACUGUUUGUCACAAAAAAACAACAACAAAUAAAUCCACUCCCAAAGG